AUGAUUAACAAGAGUAGCUAUGAUCCGGAUGUGAAGGUGGGAGAGAUUGAGAUUGAGGAAAGGCGAGCUUUGUUGAGCGAUGAAGAGGAUAUCGGCCCUGGAGGGCACUCAACUGUAUAUCGACGAGUGAGGAAUCGGGAGGGCAAGUGCAGGGCCCGUAGUCCCUGGAGGUGCGCCGCGAAGAUCAUUCUCAAGGCUACCUUGUUUAGCGUGUUGAUCUGGUGGCUCAUUGGAUUCUUACCUGACCGAUCGGACGAGCCUGUCUCCCCACAACCCGAAUCGCCGGCCAUCUGCCAGACACCCGAAUGUAUCCAUGCCGCAUCCGAGAUUCUCUACAACUUAGAUCCAAACUACGCAAAGAUUGACCCUUGUACCGAUUUUGAUCAAUACGUUUGCGGUGGAUGGAGAGAGCACCAUGAUAUGCGGUCUGACCAGGGGUCCAUCUUUGCCGGAACAAUAAUGGCAGAGACUGGCCAAACUCGCCUCCGUCAUAUUCUGGAACGCUCGGAGCCCCCAGACUCGGCAGAUACAGAGAACUUUAAGAAGCUGAAGGAUGCAUAUGACGCUUGUCUAGAUGAGCCUGCCAUUCGAAAGCGGGGCAUCAAACCCUUGGUUGAGAUUCUGGAGAAGCUACAGAAUAUCUAUCCCGCGAAUGAUGCGACUACCGAGGAUGCCGGCUAUCAUCUUACCGACGCGGUCGUGUUUCUCAUCCAAUCUGGCCGCGAAGCUUUGGUAGAGGCCAGUGUUUCUCCUGAUGAUCGAGACCCUGACAAUGUCACAAUCUUUGUGAACCCACCUGACAACAUCGGACUCCCAGCACGGGAGUACUACAACAAUACAGAGACUGUUGCUAAAUAUUCAUCCGUGGUGCAGAAGGUUCUGCAAGCUUUCGAUAUCAAGAAUGUCGAAAAGGUCAGCGAGAAAGUUGUUGCUUUCGAGAAGGAACUGGCAAACAUCACUCCAGAUACGGCGACCCAAGAGGAUGUCACCAAGUAUUACAAUCCUCUUAGUAUCAAAGAAACAGAUGAUUUGCUACCUCAAGUCUCGGUUUCUGAUAUCCUUUCGGCGCUCGCACCACAUGAUUACAAGACCGACCGUCUCAUUGUCGGCUCGCCUUCGUAUAUGAAAGGUCUAUCUAGGCUUCUAAAGAAGACACCGCGGGAGACAGUGUCAGUAUUCUUCCAGUGGAAACUCAUCCAGUCGUAUGCGAGCAGCAUUGAGGAUGAUAAGAUUGCUCCUCUUAACCAGCUUUCAAACGAACUGUCUGGAAAGGACCCAAAGGCAAAGGAGGAGAGGUGGCGGAAGUGUAUUAGUACUCUUGAUGAAAGCCUAGGCUGGAGCUUGAGUCGAUUUUACGUGUUGGAUUCAUUCUCUAGCGAGUCCAAGGAGCUUGGGGACCAAAUCGUGUCUGAUAUUAAGGAACGAUUUGUUUUCACACUGGACCAGACUGGGUGGAUGUCUCCAGAGGUCCGAAAGCUUGGUAUCCAAAAGGUGGGAAAUAUUAUUCAGAAGAUCGGGUUCCCAGUCAAGAGUCCCAACGUGCUGGAUCCAAAAGACGUGGAAAAUUACUAUGCUGCCCUUGAUGUUUCCAGCGAUGGCUUCUUCGAAAACAGGGUUGCCGUGGUCGAAUUCGAGUUGAAAAACGAAUGGUCCAAGCUGGGCAAGCCGACUAAUCAUGAUGAGUGGGAUAUGACUACCCCGACCGUCAACGCUUACUAUAACCCUCCUGGCAAUGAGAUUGUUUUCCCCGCUGGUAUCAUGCAGCCUCCAGCAUUCUAUGGGCCGGCAGCCCCAUUAUAUCUUGCCUAUGGAGCGUUCGGGUCUGUGAGUGGUCAUGAGCUUUCGCAUGCCUUUGAUUCUACAGGUCGUCACUAUGAUGAAUCUGGCAACUAUACCAACUGGUGGGAUGAUGAAACGGUCAAGGCUUUCGAAGAACGCGCUCAAUGUUUUAUUGACCAAUACUCCAAAUUCACUGUCGAAGGACCAAAUGGCAAAAUUCUGCAUGUCAAUGGGCGCUUGACCCUAGGCGAGAACAUUGCGGACGCCGGUGGUCUAGGUGCUUCGUUCCACGCAUGGAAGAAACGUGAUGACGCGAAGCCUGAUCUUCACCUCCCUGGACUAGAUGCUUUUACCAAGGAGCAGCUAUUCUUUAUCUCCUAUGGCAACUGGUGGUGUGGUAAGAAUACCAAAGAGGCGGCCGAGGAAUCUGUCUAUAACGACCCACACGCGCCUAAAUCAGCACGAAUUAUCAACACAAUGGCCAACUCGAGAGAGUUUAAGGAAGCGUUCCAAUGUCCCACGAAGGAGCCAGUUUGCAAGCUCUGGUGA